AUGGGUAAGGACGAGAAGGGCCACAUUAACUUGGUCGUUAUCGGCCACGUCGAUUCCGGCAAAUCCACCACUACUGGUCACUUGAUCUACAAGUGCGGUGGUAUCGACCAGCGUACCAUUGAGAAGUUCGAGAAGGAAGCCGAAGAGUUGGGCAAGAAGUCCUUCAAGUACGCUUGGGUUCUUGACAAGCUCAAGGCCGAGCGUGAGCGUGGUAUCACCAUCGAUAUCGCCCUCUGGAAGUUCGAGACCCCCAAGUACAAUGUCACCGUCAUUGACGCCCCCGGUCACCGUGACUUCAUCAAGAACAUGAUCACUGGUACCUCCCAGGCUGACUGCGCUAUUCUCAUCAUUGCUGCCGGUACUGGUGAGUUCGAGGCUGGUAUCUCCAAGGAUGGCCAGACCCGUGAGCACGCUCUGCUCGCCUUCACCCUCGGUGUCAAGCAGCUCAUCGUUGCCAUCAACAAGAUGGACACCACCGGCUGGUCCGAGGAUCGUUUCAAGGAAAUUAUCAAGGAAGUCACCAACUUCAUCAAGAAGGUUGGCUACGACCCCAAGGGUGUUCCAUUCGUUCCAAUCUCUGGUUUCAACGGUGACAACAUGAUUGAGGCCUCCACCAACUGCCCAUGGUACAAGGGAUGGAACAAGGAGACCAAGGCCGGUGGUGCCAAGUCCGGCAAGACCCUCCUCGAGGCCAUCGAUGCCAUCGACAUGCCAACCCGUCCUACCGACAAGCCCCUCCGUCUCCCACUCCAGGAUGUCUACAAGAUCUCUGGUAUCGGAACUGUGCCAGUCGGUCGUGUUGAGACCGGUAUCAUCAAGCCCGGUAUGGUCGUCACCUUCGCCCCCGCCAACGUCACCACUGAAGUCAAGUCCGUCGAAAUGCACCACCAGCAGCUUCAGCAGGGUGUCCCCGGUGACAACGUCGGCUUCAAUGUCAAGAACGUUUCCGUCAAGGAAGUCCGCCGUGGUAACGUUGCCGGUGACUCCAAGAACGACCCACCAUCCGGCUGUGCCUCCUUCAACGCCCAGGUCAUCGUCCUCAACCACCCCGGCCAGAUCGGUGCUGGUUACGCUCCAGUCCUCGACUGCCACACUGCUCACAUUGCUUGCAAGUUCGCUGAGCUCCUCGAGAAGAUUGACCGCCGUACCGGUAAAUCCGUCGAAGCCAACCCCAAGUUCGUCAAGUCUGGCGAUGCCGCUAUCGCCAAGAUGGUUCCCUCCAAGCCCAUGUGCGUUGAGGCUUUCACUGACUACCCCCCACUUGGUCGUUUCGCCGUCCGUGACAUGAGACAGACCGUUGCCGUCGGUGUCAUCAAGGCUGUUGAGAAGGCCGCCGGUGGUGCUGGCAAGGUCACCAAGUCUGCUGCCAAGGCUGGCAAGAAGUAA